CAGGCGGCCGCGGGCUCCCGGCGCGCCUGGCGGCCCGCGGGCGCCGCCCGGCUGGACGGCAUCGUCCAGGCCGAGGCCCGCGGGGGCGUCCACUCGAGGCCGUCGUCGCCCGCGUCGCCGCGGUCGCAGGCGUCGCCCUCGCCGCGGCGCCGCCCUUUCCGACCAUCCUUGCUGCGUCCUGGCGUCCUGCAUUGGCCGCGGCCCGCGACGAGCAGGCCAUUGCUGCGGGAGAAGGUUGUUCACGUGCGGAACUAUUUCGAAAACCCGAACCAAUUGGGAGCGAAGUACAUCGAGGUCAUCGUGGUCGUGGACGUGCAGAAGGCAUGGUGUGUUUGUUUGCUCCUUUUGUUCCUCCGCGGCGGCGGAUCACCUGCUGCACCACCGUGUCGCUACGGAUCGGUGCAGCCACAGGAUGAGUUGUCAGGCGUUCCCUCUGCCAUGAUGGCAUGCGACUCUUCUUGUCGCUGCGGGCUCUCUUCCUGCUCUCCGCCUGUUUGGAUCACCCCAGGUGCGCUGAGCCAUCCGGCCUAUAAAGCUGUUCUUCUCCAGGGGGCGGCGCAACAGCCCGAAGAUUAGUUUGCUUCGCGCUGAAAGAAGUGCGAAGUAAAGCGACGUGUGGUGCCCACUGUCGAACCCCAGAGGUCUCCCG